AUGAAAGCCUCUAGACAACACAAACAUAUGCCUGACCAAUACCGCUCCAUACAGCUUUUCACUGACCUUUCUGCACUCACACUACAGAAGAGAUGGAAAUACAAAGACGUGACAGAUGCCCUCCAAGCACAGAACAUGCCUUAUAUAUGGGGGCACCCGGUCCGCCUGUUGAUCCACAAAAACGGAACUCUGACUACUGUCACCUCCCCUGAUGAAGGAAGGAAACUCCUCAAGAGAUGGGGGAGGCUACAACAAAGAGGGGACAAGCAAGCGUCACCGCCCCGACUGCAACCAGAAUGGAGGAAGGCGAGAACCUGA